CCAGAAUCAAAUCGCACGUUAAUCAGACAGCCUUUUGAGCCUCCUAGCCUCAAGGGGAGCCUCUUCUUCCUCCUUCCUCUCAGAAAAGCAGUCCCCAAAAAUAGGAAGCUAUGAAGCAACAAGGGACGGGAGGCUACUCCAUUUUCCUUUUUUUUCGAUUUCCGUCCGCCGUAUCAUGCCCGCGCUUGUGGAUUGGCGGUGGCUCAUUCUCCUCUGGCGAAAUUUGUUUCGGGCCGCCAAAAAUCGGAGGAAGCAGCCCCGAGCCGAGUUAUCAUCUUAUCGAAUUCGGGCCAACAUUUUGCGCACAUAAUUUCGAUAACGAAUCCGAGAGUUUUGGUCUCAAGAUCAGCACAUUGGAGAGAAGAAUCAAGCGAGGAAUUGGGGAUCGAUCCCCAUUUGGGAGCAAUGGCUGAUUGGGCGAUAAAUUAGGAGUCGAUUAAGCAAGCAAAUAAUAUAGGAUGAGGCGGCCGAGGAGCAAAUUGAAAUUGCUCCUCAGCGCAUGCCUCAUCUCUCUCCUACUCCUCACGCCCACAGACUGUGACGGGCUGCAGCUAGUCGCCGCAAUCAGGAUGAACUUAUUUUGGCCACCAGCACCUCCCCAUCGGCCUCUUCCAAGUGUAAUAGGUGAUGAAUUGUACACACAGGUGGAACAAUUGUGGCUCAACCGUGGUCUAGAUAGGAUACUCCUUCAAGAUGUCAAAAAUCAAUCCCACCACACCAUUUUAUUCAAUAUAAUCAGCAAUUCCUAUAGAACAAAUUAUAAGUUCGAGGAAAGAAUGAUCACUUCUUUGUUGCAUGAAGUUGCCAAUACUCUCCAGGACUGCUUGAGUAAGCAUAAUUCAGUUUUGCCACAUGGCUUCUCAGGACAUAGCCAGGUGGAGGAGGAGGCAGGAAGCUUAUUGUCAAAUUCCAAUAAUUUGAAGCUGCCUUUUGCAUCAAAAAUAAGAUAUCUCAUCGAAGGAACUUCAGCAUCACAUUUUUCUUUGUCACCGCCAGCAAAAGAAGAAAUCAGGAGCACUUUGUUUUCCGAAGCAGAGUCUCGUCCACUGGUCACUAGCAUAAAAAAGUCUUCUAACGCAGAGGGGGGAAAGAAGAGCAAGGACAAAGACUCAGAUUCAUCCACUGUUGUCUUGGGUUUGGCAGUGGGCUGCGUAGCAUUGGUGGCUCUUAUUGUGUACUUUUGUGCUUGUCGUGGAGAUGAUUCAGCGUCGCCAUAUGACCUUGGGAGAGAUGAUAAACCACUCCUAGGUUUGACAGGUUCUUCCCGUAAGUCCAGUGCUACACCAAUCGAUGUCAGUAGGUUGGGAGCAUUAUCGCGCAGUUCGUCUGAGAUCCCGCAGUCAGAAUUUGCAGUACCAAUCAAGUUGCAUAUUCCACAGCCAUCCGCGAAGUUGAAGUCAGUAGGAGCGAUGUCAAUGAAGGAAGAACUAAUGGAGCGGCAUAGCAGGAUGAGCUGUCACGAAAUAACAACCGUGGCUGGACAGCCGACGAUACCUAAGUCCCUAGCCGAGAAGGCUGCAGGUUCUUCUGCUACUAGUAAUGUAGUUACACCUGCAGGUCCACCACCACCACCUCCUCCAGCUCUUCCUGGAAAGGCUCCUCCGCCUCCUCCAGCUCUUACUGGAAAGGCUCCUCCGCCUCCUCCAGCUAUACCUGGAAAGGCUCCUCCACCUCCUCCACCUGCACCCGGUGCACCUGCACCACCACCACCACCACCAGGAGCAUCAGCAGCACCACCACCACCACCACCAGGAGCAUCAGCACCACCACCACCACCACCACCAGGAGCAUCAGCACCACCACCACCACCACCACCAGGAGCAUCAGCACCACCACCACCUCCGAAGCCAGCCGGGCCUCCACCACCACCUGCUCCAAGAACUGGAGGUGGAUCAGGACCUGGACCUCCACCUCCACCACCUAAAAAAGGUGGACCACCUGGAGCUGGACCUCCGCCGCCAGCACUGCCCGGUGGUCCUAAAAAAGGUGGACCACCGCCGUUUAAGAAGCCAGGAGCGGCAGCUCCUGUUGCAGAAUCUUCAAAAACAAAGUUGAAGCCCUUCUUCUGGGACAAGGUUAAUGCAAGUCCAAAUCAAGCAAUGGUGUGGGAUCAACUUAAAGCCGGAUCCUUCCAGUUUAAUGAGGAGAUGAUCGAAACUCUUUUUGGUUGCAACGCUGUGGACAAGAAGAGUACCGAUGGCAAAAAAGAGCCAGCAAAGGAAGCUACUCAACUUGUUAGGAUCCUAGAUGCUAAAAAGGCACAAAAUUUGUCAAUAUCACUGAAGGCACUCAGUGUUUCAGCUGCAGAUGUACGUACUGCAGUUACAGAAGGGCAUGAACUCCCCUCUGAUUUGAUACAAACAUUGAUACGGUGGAUCCCAACCAGUGACGAGGAGCUAAAGCUUCGACUGUACAAUGGAGAGAUGAGCCAGCUUGGUCCGGCGGAGCAAUUCUUGAAGACCAUCAUUGAAAUCCCAUACAUUUUCCAGCGCUUGGAGGUGUUACUUUUCAUGGCCAGUUUGCCGGAAGAAGCUGCAAGUGUGAAGCAGUCAUUUGAAACCCUAGAGGUAGCCUGCCAAGAGCUUAGGCACAACCGUCUUUUCAAGAAGCUACUGGAGGCUGUACUUAAAACCGGUAACCGAAUGAAUGAUGGCACCUUUCGAGGGGGAGCACAAGCAUUCAAACUAGAUACCCUCCUGAAGCUGGCUGAUGUCAAGGGGGUCGACGGCAAGACAACGCUGCUGCAUUUCGUCGUCCAGGAGAUCAUCCGCUCGGAGGGCAUCCGCGCGGUGCGGGCGGCCAAGGACCAGAACAGCAGCAUCUCCAGCGUGAGCAGCACCGAUGAUCUCAGUGAGGAUGUUAGCGACGACACGGAGCACUACAAGCAGCUGGGCCUCACCGUGGUAUCGAACCUAGGGGAGGACCUCCAGAACGUCCGUAAGGCAGCGAUCCUGGAUGCUGAUGCGAUGACCAUCAUGGUGGCGAGCCUCGGGCACAGACUGGUGAAGGCAAACGAGUUCCUGAACACGAGCAUGAAGAGCUUGGAGGAGGAGAGCGGGUUCCAACACAAGUUGGUCCAGUUCAUAGAGCAGUCCCAGGUGCAGGUGACCCACCUGCUGGAGGAGGAGAAGAGGCUUCGCUUGCUGGUGCGCACCACCGUGGAUUACUUCCACGGCAGCACUGGGAAGGAUGAGGGCUUACGCCUGUUUGUCAUCGUGCGUGACUUCCUGGUGAUACUGGACAGGGUGUGCAGGGAGGUGAAAGAGGCAGCUGCCAAAGCAGCCGCUGCUAUCAAGAAAGAGGCGGCCGCCGCCAAAGCUGCCGCGGCACCGACGGCACCGCCCACAAGGGGCAGGCAACCGUCCCAGACGUCCAUGCCUCGACAGCAUCUGAAGCCUGCCAUCCAAGGCCGAAGGGGAAAGGCACACAGCAGCUCCAGCUCAUCUGAUUCUGAUGACUGAUAGGCACCUAGCUACCUAGACUAGCUACAUCAAACAUGGCAAGAUAUCAAAUGGACGACAAUAGCAUAUGCAGGAAGGGAAUGAGCACCAUUGAACUCUACCAUGUAUGUUUGUAUGUAUCAUUCUGUAUUUCACAUCACACUUGUUAGAGCGAUGAGAUGUGAUCGCAGCAUAGGUGUAGGUUAGUCAAGGAAUGUGGAUGGUGGUAGGUCAGUUCAAUGGACUGCUUGUGAUGCUAUCUUUUCUGCUAGUCUUCCCACUAAUACAUGUAGGCCUUGUUCGGCGGCAGUGUUCUUCA